GAUUGAAAAGCUGAAUCUCGAAGCUGUUACGUAUGCAUUUGAGGUUAAGUUUACAGUUUCGAUAGCAAGUUAUUGUCUGUCAAAUUGAUAAAUAAAUAGCGUAUAUUUACUCACCAUCUCAAAUAUACAUUGUUUUUGUGAUCCAUGAGACUUUUUUAAGAUGUCAAAUUUAUUAGUUCAGAGCGAUUUAAAACAAAUUAGUGAAGUGUUAGAAUCGGAUAGGUCAUCCAUUUUAAGCAUUGAAUCGGGAGCAAACGAAAAAACAAAGGAAACUGUUGAUACUUUUAGUGUUAAUGAAGAUGUUGGUGAUACUUUUAGUGAUGUUGAAGAUGAUAAUUCUGCCGACGAUAAUGCAUUUCAACCUUCCAACGACUUACAAAUGCCUUCACGGCAAUAUUCCAGAGAAUUCCUAUUGCAAUUGAGAGAGUCGCCUCACUCAAGCAUCUUCCCAUCUUGCCUGGAAAAAGCACCCAAAUCCGUUUUAGCAACUUAUUUAACAGGUAAGGAUCAAAGUAAUGAUAAAAAGCUUAAUGAUUCUGCUAACGAAGAAAAUUCGAAUGAUGUAAAGCGCAAACAGUUUAAGAAGAAGAAUGCGUCGGAAAAAGAAGAACCUGGUACAGGUAAGAAGCAUUUGAAUGUUCAAGAUAGACUAAAAAAAGACGAUAUAGUUCUUAGUCCUCAAAGGAGAAGCUUUAAUACUGGUUGUUCGGUUAGUUCCAGUAUUUUCAAUAUAUUACCUACUGCCAAUCGAAAUAUUUCUACAAGACAUAGACUUGAUAGUCUAAGUUCAAGCAAGGACAUCAGAGACACAGAUUCAAGUAAUGAGCACCGUAAACAACGGCUGGACAGCUUGGCCCAAAAUCAGCCUCGUGAUUUUAGUCAGUUAAGUAGAGAUAACCGACAGCGGUUGAACAGAGGACGUCUUAUGUCCCGUGAUUCGGCCUGGGAAACGCGUGACUCAGAUUCUAGUUGGAAUACUACUUACGAUAAGCGUUCAACGAACAAUUCCGGAGGGGGAAAUGAUAGGCGACAAAAUAAUGACGAAGAGCGAAAUCGUUAUGGGUACUUUGAUAGGAAGAAGAAUUACAAUGACGAUCAUGUUAGGAUUGAAAAAGAGCCCGAGUGGUUUUCAGCUGGUCCGACUUCACAAUACGAUGUAAUAGAGCUGCAGGGUUUUGAAGACUAUAAAAAAGAAAUGCAAAGCAAAAAAAAUAAAAAAGCUGAAGCUAAAAACAAAACCAAAGAAACCAAGUCAACUGAUACCAAAUCAGAACCUAAUAAACAGAAGAAAGAAAAGAAAGAUCCUAUUGAAAGCCAAUUAUUGUCAAAGGAAUCAGAACAGAAGUUGAAACAACAAAAAGAUGAUACUCCCACUGAUAACGGACCUUCUGAGAAAACCGCGAAAAAUGUAAUUGAUCCUAUGUCUCCCAGCUUACCUAAUGAUAUUGAUGCGUUUCUAAAUUUCAAUGAACUUCUAGUUGAUGACGAUGAAACAGAAAUCACAAAAAGUAGGACUUCAAAAUUUUCGCUAUGGUGCCAACAACCAGAAUCGUCGUCAAACAACGUUGUUAACUGGAUAUCGGACAAAGAGCCGAUGGUGACAAGCACUAGUGCGUUCAGCGAAGUGUUUUCGGAAAAGAACACAAACGAGGUGAAACAUUCAGAUAACAAGAGUGAUCAUUCCAACUGGCCAUCGUUCACUGAAAAUAAGCAUACACCAGAAAAGCCCGCUUCCGAUGGCAGCACUUUGUUCGAGAAGUUACUGAUGGCACCGACAAGUUCUGCAACUGUGAUAGGAAAUAGCACCGUCGGAAAAGUGCAUUCGGUCGAGGAAUUGGAGGCACAUCUCAGGAAACCGCAGCAGACAACUAAGAAGGAGGAGGACAUGGCAGCCUUCAAGAAACUGUUCAAUCAGUCGAAACCGUCGGCAACUACGAAUCCGAAUCCGGUGAGUGCAGCUUUCAAUCAGAUCCCACCGCAACCUCAACCACAGCCAAGAGUAGCGGAUGUACCACAACCACAGUUUGGAUUCUUCACCGUAGCUGCAGACCCGACUGUAGCAGCCCGGCUGCAACAGGCUCAGACUGUUGAAAUGUUGAAGAUGGGCAGGUUCGCCGUUCCCAAACCACAACUAGUAGCCAAGCCGACUGAUCUAGCCGCUGUCAUAACUCCUGCGCUGGGCAUAUUCCCCAAACCUGUGCCAACCCUUGUUAAACCACCACAAUUUAUCAGACCUGCCGUUGCGGACUCACUACUGGUGACGAAUCCAAUUGCCCGCCAAAUGUUGCACAAGUUGAAAGAGGGCCAACUUACUAUUGCUCAACUCUUGAACCCCAACUAUUUGGCUUCGUUACCGGCUGGUUACCGAGAGAUGGCUCCCGUUGUGGUGGAGUUUUGGUUGCAGAGUGCGGCGAUGGCAGAGAGUGUUCCGUUGGCUGCACACGGGGUGCAAACACACAUUGUGGUGCCCCCGCCGCAGGAACAGUUGAAUGUACCGGGCGCACCGUUCACACAGCGCAUACCGUCACCGCAGCAGAUCGCCAUGCACACGCAAGGCAUCAUGCAGAACGCACUGGUCAAGAAGAAGCUGGAGGAGCAGCGCGAAAACUUCAAACGUCGCCAGGAAAUGUGGAGCCGGGCCCGGUCGCCGGCCACUGACGACUCUCAACUGCUUUCCACGUUCACUCCGACCUCGGUGCUGCGUCAGCAGAAACGCAAAGCCGACGCGGCCAAUCCGGCAGGCGGAGACCAGUUCAUGUACAGAGCCAAUGACGGACUGCAACAGAUGCAGAUGCAACAGCAGGCGAAGAAGUUGGACAUGCUGAUGAACAAAGGCCGGCCGAUCAUGAAGAAGAGUGACGGCUCCCAGUUGAUGCCGGUCGAGACGCCCUACCCCGUGCCAGGUCACCCGGGUCAGUUCCGCAGCCAGACCCCUGCACCUCAGCCGACUGCCGCUCAGCAUUUCCUAGCAGGUUUCCUUCAUCCGCAUGAUCAACAACAGCAGUCACACAUGGCAUCCCGCAGCGCAAACAACCUUGCCUCUGCCACGGCCUGCCUGCAAGGCCUGUUACUCGACCGUCCGUCUGUGACAUCACAACAGGGCAGCUUCAACCGUCAGCCGGCCGAUGAUGGCACGGCCUGCCUGCAAGGCCUUCUGCUCGACCGUCCGUCUGUGACGUCACAACAGGCCAGCUUCAACCGUCAGCCGGCCGACGAUGGCACGGCCUGCCUGCAAGGCCUUCUGCUCGACCGUCCGUCUGUGACGUCACAAAAGGGCAGCUUCAACCGACAGCCGGCCGAUGAGGGAGGGCCGCUUUCCCGAUGGCUGCCGACCAAACUGAUUGAGGAUGGACUCGCCGGCAAACUGCCCGACAUUCCCACGCAGAAGAUGCUCAGUGUCGAGGACCUCGAAAGGGUACAAACCGUUCACAAUUAACUUUCAACUAAUGACACCUUAUACUAUCAUAUCUAUAUUGAUUACUUGUAAGACCGUUAUAUUGGAAAUGUUGACAGUGAACUGAAAUAAUAGUUCACAGUAGGACGUGGUAUUAAACCGUGUAUAUUAUUAGAUUGAUGUUCAACAAAACCGUUUUUAAUGUUGAACUAAACCGUUGACUGAAAUUAUUGUUCUCAGUUAACGUAGAGUAAAACCGUUGGAAAUUCUCGAGAAAACGUUUGUCAAAACUAUACUAAAUGUUGACCGUUGAUUGAAAUUGUUCUCAGUCAACUUUGAUUAUGUGGAAUGGAACCGUUAAAUGUUCUUGAGAUAAUGUUUAACAAAACCGUUUUAAAUGUUGACCGUUGACUGUAAUUGUUCUCAGUUAACUUCAAUAAUGUGAAAUGUAACCGUUGAAAAUUCAUGAAAUAAAGUUUGACAAAACCGGUUCAAAUUUUGACAUUUGACAGACAGUUUUCACAGUAAACUCUAAUGACGUGAACUAAAACAUUUCAAUAUUGUACUAAUAAAUGUUCAAUGACACCGUAUUUUAUGUUGAACUAGACCGUUGACUGAAAAUGUACAUAAUUAACAACUUACUGGCGUAGUGGCAUGAGCCUGUUCAAAAUUCAUUCCAAAAAUUUUGAAUUUGUGCUUUUGUUUAAUGAGACGAUUACAUCGAUAAUUAUUAUUUAUAAGAUAAUUUUUACAGUGAAAUUAAAUUGUUGACAGUUGAAUUUACUUGGAAUUUAACUGUUCAAAAUUGAUUAGAUCAAUGUUCAACUAACUCGUUCAAAUUUUGAUCAAGACCUUCGUUAGGAAUUGUUUUUAGUUAACUUUAUUGACAUCUAGAACCCAUUAACAAUGACGUAACGGUGAUCUUGAAUACGUUACUUUAGUCUGUAUAAAAAAAAUAAGUUAUGACUUGGCUCUCCAUGCGAAGAAAUAGCAGCGUAGCCAAAUUGUGUAAAAUUGCGACUUGAUCAAAUUUAUAAUUCAACAACAGCAUUGUAUGUAGAACAUCAUUCUCGAUAUCCCAGGAGUUCUAAAAAUCUUUCAGGGUUGAAGGGUUAAAAAUAAAUUCUGGAUUAAAUAAUUCACACAUUCAACUUUUGAUAUGGAAUAUCACCUACAUGGUGGUUCAUCAAGAUUGAAGACAUAUCAAUGUUACUGAACGACGAAACAAUUAACAACUGAAGACGUUGAAAUAAGUUCAAUAAAACUUCCAAAUAUUGAUAUUAUCAAGACCAUUCUGUAUUUAUAAUGGAUGAAAUUGUUCACUGUUGCAUUCAAAAUUAGAUCUUCAAAAAACCGUUGAAUCUUGGAUGAAAAUUUUCAACUUUGAAUUUGAUUAAAAAUUGAAUAUUUCAAUCAUAAAUCACCCAUUCAAUCAUCAUCAUCAUCAUCAUCAUUCAUAAUAGUAUUUAAAUAAUGUUCAUUGGAGAAUUAUUUUGUGUGAUAAUCUGUGUUAGCCUACUUGUCUGACUGUUGUCAAUACAUCUGUAUAAUGCUAAAGACCGUUUAAAUUUAUGUUUACUGAAUAAAUAAUCUAAUUAACUGAAUAUUUAAUUGAAAUAAACUAGUUGUUUUUCAGACCGAUCACAAUAUUAUUAACCGUAUUAUUUAUGAUCAUAAUAAUAUCGAUGUCUUAAGUUAAUGAAAAUUGAAACUGACGUUCAUGUUCCAAUUAUGAUAUUAUUACCGUUAAAAUUUAUGUUUACUGAAUAAAUAAUGUAAUUAACUGAAUAUUUAAUUGAAAUCAACUAGUUUAUUUUCAGACCGAUCAUAAUUAUUAACCUUAUUAUUUAUGAUCAUAAUAAUAUCGAUGUCUUAAGUUAUUGAAAAUUGCAACUGACGUUCCUGUUCCAAUUAUGAUAUUAUUCUGAGUUUUUUAUUACAAAUUAUUGAUUUAGUUGUUUCCAUUUAGUUCAUUAAGAAAAUUAAAAUAGGUAUAGCUUUGAAAUUACAAUUUCCUUUCAAUUCAAUUGUUGGAUUUUGUGAAUAUUUAAAUAUUGUAUAGGUAGCCUAAUUUGAAACCAGUUUAGUCGAUUGAUAUUUUCACCGCUCCUGAAUUUAAUCAUGUCCACUAUAAGUGUGAAUAAUGAAUCAUUAUUAUUUAUUGCCUUUAAAGAUAUUACCAUACUCUUACCUCAUAUUAUUUAUACUCAUAUGGCAGUCUCCACACUUGCCGAUUGUCAGCCGACACUCGGAAAUAUCCUCCGAUUAGCUGAAAAUUAGCCAAUCAGAGAACAGUUCUGAGUGUCGGCCGACAAUCUCUAAGGCCCGGUUGCACAAGCUGGUUAAAUUUUAAUCGUGAAUAAUUUCAAGAGAACCAAUCAGAGAAGCCUUCUCUUUUCGGAAAAGCCUUUUUUGAUUGGUUUUCGUGAAAUUAAUUCGAUUAAUAUUUAGCCGGCUUUUGUGCAGCCGGCACUAAGUGUAAGAGCCGCCAAUGUCACAAAGAUAUUGAUAUUGAUAUUGAUAUUCAAGGUUGUGUACCGUACAUGUGGUUGUUCUAUAUUUUUAUGUUUUGUGUCUUUGAUUUGAAAGUUAUUCGAAAUACUAUUCAUUGCAUAGUGAGGUUUCAUCAAUUGUUUGAAUUGUGAAUACAAUUUUGAUUUGAUAACUAUGCAAUUGCACAAUGUGCUUUUGAAGUAGCUGUUUCCAUCAAGUGUAGAAUGUCCUAUUUAAAUUGAAAUCUACAAUAUUUUACUCAUUUGAUAUAUUUUUCAAUUUUAUCUAUUGAUUUAUAAUCUUUACGCUAUCUUUAUCAUGGAUCUGAAGAAUUUUCUAAUGACGAAUAUUCAUAGAAGAACCAAAUAUCCGUCAAAUAUAAAUAUAUGUCGUACUAAUAAAAUACUUUUUAUAGGUAAAAUUUACAAUAUUUUCGUUUUACAUUUACAAAUACAUAAACUGGCCAGUCUGUACAUCCGAGUGGAAUAUUCAUUUUAAUUUCUACAAUAUUUUAAAAUGAUACAAAUAUAAAGGAAACCUUGGAAAUUGUAUUGGAAACCCAAUAUGUCAUGAACCUUCAAAACCGUUAACGGAUUUUUAUUUGAUAUGAGCACUUUUUGCGAAAGUGUUUACUAGAUUGUAGCUGCUAUCUCCAAAGUUGUUGAUUUUUUUCAAGUGUACAGAUUGCUCUUGAAAAUAAAUUCAAAUCAAUUCACGGUUUGAAUGUAUUCUAUCAUUUCGCAUGUUUCAGCAUUUUCAACUAAAAAUAAUCCUUCUAAAUUACAAGAAAAACAUAGAUUAAUUGAAUUUUAAACUGGAUAAAUAUAUAUUCUUUGCAAGAUAUGGUUCAAAAAAUUAUUUUUUCUAUUUUGUGUUGUAUUCCAUAUUUCAAUAACUUAAUAGUUUUUCCAAGACAAAAAAAGUUUAAAAAUAUAAACAAUAAUCUUGUGCACAUCCUUGAUUGUUACACCUCAGUUAAAAAUGAAUAAAUAUUCAUAGUAAUCCAUAAUAAGAUAUGAUACUUGUAACUUGUUUCAAAAAUGUCCUCUGUCUUCUAUGUCUUAUAAGUAUUUGUCCAUUUUUAAAUGUGAAAUUUCAACUGUUGUUCGUACCGUAUGUAUUGGUCCAAAACCUCUACAUAUUAAUAUGUCUUCAACUAAUUAAAGAUUGUCAGAUUGGUGUAGUUUACACUAUUUAAAUGUGUCUGUAUUUGUAGAAUUGCUUGAAAAGCAUGUUUUAAUGAAUUUUUUUUUUUGGCUUGAGAAGAACAUUUCUGUCAUUUUAUAAAAUUGCAAUGGCUGUGUUCAGUUCUGUUUCUUGGAUGUUAGUAGAUGUCAAUCAGCUCAAAUUGAAUAAAUCCAAAAAUCUGUGAAUGUUGUCAUUUUGUAAAUGUAUCAUUGUUCAAAAUUAUUAUCUCUUGAAAUAUUCGAUUAUUCUGUCUCAAUGUAAUCAACAUAAGUCAAAUAUUUUCUCAGUUAAUUUUGAUUUGAAAGGAACAAAAUUAUUAUUUUCUUUUAAAAGUUUUGAGUUAGGUUCAAUUUAUUUCCAACUUGAUUCGAUUAGACUUUUCCAAUCUCUAUUAAUCUUCCAAAUAUUUCAUUAUAUUUAUUGAUAUUAUCCUUUUUAACUACUUACUCCCAUUUUUUUUUUUUUUGUAAUUUUCUCUACAUUCUUAGUCACACUUCAACAUUCCAUCUAGUGUUUUUUAUUUAAAAUCAAAAUUUCCCAAGUCCACUGAUUCGUUUCCUACUAAUGUUAAUAACUUCUUCCCAGAAGAUUUUUUGUUUUGAAAUUAUAACAACUAGAAGUAUCAACAUUUUUAUUUAUUAUCUUAGAAGUAUUGAAAUAUUCAGAAACUUCCCUCAAUUUUCACUUUAUUCAACUAAUCAUAAAAAUGUAUAAAUACUUAUUUUUUCUCAAUACUAGGUUUCCAAACCUCAAAUCCAUUUUGAUUUUUGUCUCAAAUUUACCUAAAAUCCCCUUUAAUUCUUGAAUUACUCAAAUCUGACUCAAAACCUUAAUUUUCAGUGUAUUUUUACCAUUAAGGCUGUGCAAAGGCUAAACAUAAACUUCCUACUGGUGAUAUUUUUCAAAAUUAUUUUAUUUGUAUAUCAUCAAGCUAUCAAAAUGAAAAUGUUUUCUCAGGGAAACAUUUUUGUUCGAUCAUUACUUUUUGAGAUAUGAGCGUCUAAAUUUUAAAUUUUUUAAACAUUUCAAAUUCGGAAAGAGAUAAAUCCAUGAUAUUUUAGAUAAUAAAUUCUUCAUGGUAUUGUUGUUGAUUGGAAAUCGAUAUUUUCAGAAAAUUUUUGUUUUAUUCAAUCAACAAUACCAUGAAGAAUUUAUCCUCUGAAUCUCAUGUAUUUAUCUCUUACCAAAUUUGAAAUGUUCUGUCCCAAAAAUUUAAACUUUGGGCGCCUAUAUCUCAAAAAGUAAUGAUCGGAAAAAAGGUUUACCUUAUAAAGCUUUUCAUUUUGAUAGCUUGAUAUACAAAUAAAAAACUUUGAUAAAUAUCAUCAUUAGAAAGUUUAUUUUCAGCCUUUGCACAGCCUCAAAAAUGUAAAACCCAGCAUACUGGGCUAGAACUUUGAAUGACAAUGUAUUAGGUUUAUUAUUAUUUCAAUUCAAUUUAUUGUGAAAUCAAUUUAAAAUUACAAUAAUUUAUAAAAAAAAAUUAUAUUAUACAAAAAAGUAUUAUUUAUCAUUCAUAUUCAAUUUUUUCACUCUUCAAAUUAUUGUCAUCUUAAUUCAAACUUUUUUCGUUUACUGAUAUUAUUUCAUAAUAAAAAAUGACAAACUCAAA